UGUAACGAACGCGUUACUCCGGGGCUGCUCCGGGGAACUGUCAAAUCAUCGACUCAAAUCGAACACGUACUCGCUGUGAAUCAAAACAAAACAGUUCCUACCAAAAAUAAAUUUAAAAGUGAAAAUCACUCAUAAGGUGACGAAAUUGUUAAAAAUAAGCCAUCAGUUUCGCUUCAUAAUGAGCGACAUUCAAACCUGGUACAAACAGGUGCCUCUGUUUACCCGACUGUGGCUGUCGGCUACCGUCGGAAUCAGCUUACUGUCCCGCUUCGGAAUCCUACCGCCUCAGUACCUGAUUCUACAGACGUACCCUCUAUUCAAACAAUUCCAGUUAUGGAGACCGAUGACAGCGGUGUUUUUCUACCCGUUGAAUCCGGCCACCGGAUUUCACUUCAUGUUGAACUGCUUUUUCCUGUACAACUACUCGCUCCGCCUUGAGACGGAACAAUUCAAGCAAAAACCUGGAGACUACUUUUUCCUGCUUUGUUUCAACUGGAUUCUAUGUGUGUUGAUUGGUCUGCUCAUUGACCUUCCGAUCUUGAUGGAUCCGAUGGUGUUAUCCGUGUUAUAUGUUUGGUGUAAACUGAACAAGGAUGUGAUCGUUAAUUUCUGGUUUGGUACCCGUUUCAAAGCCAUGUACUUGCCUUGGGUUCUUUUGGGAAUGAACCUGAUUCUUUCUUCUGGAAGUAUCUUUUCAAUCGUUGGCAUUUUGGUGGGUCACGCUUACUACUUCUUGAAGUUCAUCUACCCACAAGAGCUCGGAGGACCUAGCUUGAUUGAAACUCCUUUGUUCAUUAAACGCUACUUCCCCGAUGUCUCCGGUGGAGUGCACGGUUUCGGUGUACCUCCAGUUGGGCAGCGAGCAAACCCACAACAACAACAGCAGCAGGGCAAUGGUUUUGGAUUCCGGCAUGCAUGGGGGCGUGGUCAUGUAUUAGGUCGCGAUUAAGGUAAGUCUCUGGAGAUUGUAAAUACAUGCAAAGUAGCUUUCUACUCAUCAUCAACCUUGUGGAACACCUACCGAAGUUCUAAUCUCGUCGAAAUUCACGCGUUAGUUAUGUAUUUUUUUAAUGUAAAUCUAUACUAUGGAUAACAGUAUAAAUCAGAAGAGUGCAGACAUCACGAAUAAUAUUCUAAAGUAAAUUUGAUGUUUGAUCACUUGAAUGGGA